UACCAGCAAAUAUUUGGCUUGACUUGCUUGUCGUGAUUUAGUAACAUGUUUGUAUAAAUACUUAUCUUUCAUAGUUACAUAAAUAAGAAUGGGUUUGUUAACAAUAUUGAAGAAAAUGAAGCAGAAAGAAAGAGAGAUGAGAUUGCUGAUGCUUGGUUUAGACAAUGCUGGUAAAACUACCAUUUUAAAAAAGUUUAAUGGCGAAGAUAUCGACACAAUUUCACCGACAUUGGGAUUUAAUAUAAAGACUUUAGAACAUAAUGGCUUUAAAUUAAAUAUUUGGGAUGUGGGCGGACAGAAGUCUUUACGUUCUUACUGGAGAAAUUAUUUCGAGUGUACAGAUGGCUUGAUUUGGGUUGUCGACAGUGCAGACAAAUGGCGGUUAGAAGAUUGCAAAAAAGAAUUAAAAUCUUUAUUAAAAGAAGAGAGGUUAGCAGGUGCGACGUUGUUAGUAUUUGCCAACAAACAAGAUUUACCAGGUGCUUUAAAUGCUGAAGAAAUCAAGGAGGUAUUAGAACUGGACAGCAUUAAAUCGCAUCACUGGCAAAUACUCGGUUGCAGUGCUGUUACUGGUUUGAAGUUACUCGAUGGAGUUGAUUGGUUGAUAGCUGAUAUAGCUUCUAGGAUAUUUACAAUGGAUUAGGUCAGAAAACUCUAAGAUGCUAUUUAAUUUGACUAACAUAAAAUCAUGUGAUGGAAUAGAUUGUUUUACCCAAAA